AUGGAUGACCAAUUUGGAGGCCGUACCGACGACGACCUCUUCUACGAUGACUUCGAACCCGUCGAGAGCGAGACUGUCGUCACCACCGAAGUAGCCUCUGAUCCCGAGCCUGCUCCAGUCGCGCCAGCUCAACCGCCUGCUGCUCCUCAAGAGGAAGUAGCCCCAACCCCAACGCCUUCAGCACCCCUCUCCAAACCCCAAGGACUCUCCUCGUCACGAUACGCCGACAAAGCAGCCCCAGUUCCCGCCCCAGCUCCUGUCGCAGCACCCAAGCCCACGAAGCAACCUCCUCAACCCACAUCCAAUGCUCCUCCCAACGCCCCCACGGCUCCUCGUGAGAAGACUCCCCACGGCUCGCAACAUAACAAUGCCGCCCGUCUCCAAUCCGGCGCAAACCCACGACAGAAGCUCACCGAGGCUCAGCUCGCAGAGAAGAUGGAGAAGAUGAAGCUUAUCAAUGCGGAGAAAGCGCGCAAGUUUGAAAAGGCUGAAAAGGACGAGAAGGACCAUGCUGCUGCAUAUGCUCGCGGUAUGGAGGAGGCAAAGAAGCGACGCGCCGAGGACGCUGAGCGACGCAAACGAAACGAGGAGGAUCGGCGCAAGUUGGAGGAUGAGCGAGCUAAGAAUAGAGAACGGAAGCUCAAAGCGAUGGGCAUGAAGGAAGGUGGAUGGGAUGAGGGUAAGGAGGCCCAGGAAGAGGAGGAGAACAGACGGUUCCGGGGCGCAAACGGCAGUAUUCGAGGGUCCAAGAACGCUGGUAUCGGUGGAAGUCGGUAUGCGACAAGAGACAACGAAGAACACGAUGUGGAUCGCUUCCUCGACGAGAGAUAUCGUAGUGGAAGGGGUAGAGGUCGUGGGCGUGGAGGAAGAGGAGGCAGAGGUGGACGCGGUGGCCAUGAGGGUGCGCCUCCAGCACCACCCAAACAAGCCGUCCCAGCAGCUGAAGAUUUCCCAGCUCUGCCUGGCGAGACCAAGAAGAAUGCAGCUGUGCCGACUAGCGACAAGCCAGCCUUCGCUGCAGCUGCAGCUGGGCUGCCACCACCAUUGCCACCACUCUCUGGCGGAAAGUGGGAUGAAGAGAUGGAUGAAUACGACGAGCUGAACAAAAAGGCGUAG